AUGAACGCUACUGCGAUUCUAUACAGCAACAAUGCAUGGUUGAUGACAUCAACUGGAUUAGUCUAUCUGAUGACACCUGCGUUAGCAUGUUUUUAUGGUGGUUUAGUUGAAAACAAAAAUUUUCUUAAUCAACUAUUUCUCUCCAUUGUCUGUAUGGCAAUCAUACCUGUGCAAUGGUGUCUGUUUGGUUAUUCAUUCGCUUUUGGUCCUGGAAAUUCAGUAUUUGGCUCAUUUCAAUAUGCUUUACUUAGUCCAAUGGCUAUGGUUAAUAGCAAUGGUGAAAAUAUUGAUAAAAGCAAUGUAGCGUCGGUUACAUCAUUGGCAUUCGUAGCUUUCCAAUGUUCGUUUGCAACGAUAACACCGGCAUUAAUCAGCGGUGCAGUUGUUGGACGAAUGAAAAUAAUUCCAUAUAUGAUUUUCAUUUUUCUUUGGACAACAGUAUGCUAUGCUCCUUUAGCAAGAUGGAUUGUUUUCAAUGGAGGCUGGCUUAAUAAAAUGGGUGUUAUGGAUUUUUCUGGUGGCCUUAUAGUUCAUUUGUCGAGCGGAAUAUCAGGAUUAGUUGCUGCUAUUAUACUCGGUUCAAGAUUUCAGUUCGAUCCUGAUGCAGCAAACAUUGGUCAAACUAAUCUUGCAUUUACGAUAUUAGGCACUGGCUUACUUUGGGUAGGUUGGAUGGGAUUUACUGGAGGCGCAGCAUUCGCGGCUGAUGGUAUUGCUGCAUUAGCUAUAGUGAAUACCAAUAUAGGUGCUGCAUCAAGUAUGACUACUUGGAGCAUUCUUGAUAUUAUUAACGGUAAAUUGAGAGGACACAAUAGUGGUUUUGUUUCAAUCCCGGGACUUUGUUCAGCUUCGAUUGUUGGUUUAGUCGUAGUAACGCCUGCAGCAGGUUUUAUACAGCCAUGUUAUGCAUUGGCAAUGGGUUUCAUUGGUGGUGUGAUCGUUUAUUCAUUUCUUGCUUGUAAAAGACGUUUUUUUCAUAUUGAUGAUACCCUCGAUGUGUUUAGUUGUCAUGGUUUAGGUGGUAUGGUAGGAACAUGUCUCACUGGAUUAUUUUGUCAGAAAGAUGUGAACGAACAAGGAAAUAAUGGCGCUUUGUAUGGUAAUCCUGCUCAAUUUUUGCAUCAACUAAUUGGAAUCUUGGUAACUGGCAUUUAUGCAGGUGUAUGCACAGCAAUUAUCCUACUAUCACUGCAUUUCACCAUUGGUAUUCGUAUACAUCAAGUAGAUCAAGCUCGUGGUCUAGAUAACAUAGCACAUGGAGUAAUCGAACAGCGCCCCUCGCAAGAUAUAAAAAUGCCAAGUAUGCAAAAAAGAAGACAACCGUCGAAUGUGAUUGCAACAAUAAAUAUUGAACAUGAAUAG